AUGGAGGUGGCUCAAGACCUAUGGACAGAUAUCAAGGAACUUUUCUCAAUAGCGAAUGGGCCAUGCAUUCAACAGCUUAAAGCAGAGCUAGCUGAAUGUAAACAGAAAGGAAUACUUUACAAACAGAUUGUGGGUAGCUUAAUGUAUCUAACUGCAACUAGACCAGAUAUAAUGUAUUCUGUAAGUCUGAUUAGCAGGUACAUGGAGAAUCCUACAGAAAUAUAUUUACUUGCUGCUAAAAGAAUUCUUCGUUACUUGCAAGGAACAAGAGAGUUUGGACUAUUUUACAAGAAAGGUGAAAAGUCCAAUCUAUUGGGAUUCACUGAUAGUGAUUAUGUAGGAGAUCAAGAUGAUAGAAAGAGUACUUCGGGGUUUCUUUUCAUGCUUGGCACAAGCGUUGUCUCUUGGUUCUCUAAAAAACAACCUUUUGUUACUUUAUCAAGCACAGAAGCAGAAUUUGUUGCAGCAACUGCUUGUGCUUGUCAAGGUAUAUGGCUAAGGAGAAUCCUUGAAGAGUUGAAAUUCCAGCAACAUGGGCUACUAGGAUAUUUUGUGACAAUAAUUCAGCAAUCAAACUUUCAAAGAAUCCAGUACUAUAUGGAAGAAGCAAACACAUUGAUGUCAAGAUCUAUUUUCUAA